AAGAUGCCUACCUAGGUAUGGGGGGAGCUAUAAUCUAUAAGGGUCAAUUUGGCUCUAUAAAAGCCAUAUGUAUCCGACAAUAGCACGAAAGGAAACGGCAGGCCGAGUCCAAUUCAUAAUACUAUACUAUAAUUCACAACUGGACUUAAUCUGCGGAUAAAAAUGGCGUCGCAACUGGCAGGAUUUAUAUCUAUCUCCUUCCUAUCCCCCCUCAUAAUAGGCCUGCUACUUCUGCGUCUUGCAUACUCCCGUAUCUUAGCGUGGUAUCGACUCCGUCACGUCGACGGCCCAUGGCUUGCCCGUUUUUCAUACCUGUACAUGCUCUUGGUGACGCUUAAUGGCCAACAAUCCGCCAGCUACCGCGCACUCCACCAAAAAUACGGACCCAUCGUACGUAUUGGCCCCAACGAUAUCAUAAUCGAUGACCCCGAGAUCGUGCGGCGGAUGAACACGGCCCGAUCUAAGUAUGGGCGUUCGUCGUGGUAUGAUGCAAUGCGCAUGGACCCAUACCUUCCAUCGCUAUUCGCUAUACAAGAUACGGCUGCGCACGACAAGCUCAAGGCGCAGUUGUCAUUCGGGUAUGGGGGUAAAGAGAACCCAACAGUCGAAGACGGCAUCGACGAGCAGCUUGCGAGCCUCGUAGCGUUGAUCCGACGUAAGUACCUGUCGACGGACCAUGAGAUAAAGCCACUCGAUUUCGCCCUCCGGAUCCAAUUCUUCACGUUAGACGCUAUCACAAAGAUUGCAUACGGGAGGGCAUUCGGAUACCUGAACACCGAUUCGGAUGUAUACGGCUAUGUCGCAACCGCCGAAGCAGAGGUGCCCGUUCUUGUAGUGUGUGGCGACGUCCCUUGGUUAUCGCGAUUGCUCCACAAUAAGACUGUCCUCCGUCUUAUUGGACCUAAAACUACGGACAAAAAGGGAAUGGGUAAAAUGAUGGCGGUUGCCCAGGAAGUCGCCGGCGAGCGGUAUGGACCUAAUGCCAAAGACAAGCAAGACAUGCUGGGGUCGUUUGUGAGACAUGGCAUCAUGCAGCGCCAAUGUGAAGCCGAGAUUCUAUUCCAGAUUAUAGCCGGGAGUGACACAACAGCCACCGCCAUCCGUGGGACUUUGUAUAACCUUUUGACCUCACCAUUCGCUUAUUUUAGACUGCGGGAAGAGAUCGAUGCGGCUGCAGCGGAAGGUCGGAUUUCAUCACCGGUCAAGAAUGAUGAAGCAAAGGAGUUGAAGUAUCUACAAGCUGUGAUGUACGAAGGUCUUCGAGUUAAUAUCCCCUUUUCGGGGCUCUCUAUGAAGCAAGUGCCCCCUGAAGGAGACACAAUCCAUGAAAAAUUCAUCCCAGGGGGAACUCGCGUCGCCCAUUGUUUUCUAUCCACGCAACGCUCAACAACCAUAUACGGCCCUGAUGCCGAUCUAUUUCGACCGGAGCGCUGGCUGGAUAUCGAUCCCGAGAAACAUCGUGAAAUGACGCAAACAGCAGAGCUUGCCUUUGGCUAUGGCCGAUGGGGCUGUAGCGGCAAGAAUGUAGCGUUUAUAGAACUGAACAAAAUUUAUGUCGAACUGUUGCGGAACUUCGAUUUCCAGUUGAUCGACCCUAGGAAUCCUAUGCAAAGCACCAAUAGGAAUAUGUUCUUUCAGAAGGGUAUGUGGGUGAAAGUCACCGAAAGAGUUUAGCCAAUACUGCAAAUGACGAGAGGAACCCGGUACGAUGUGGGCAAUAUGAAGUCAACGACCUCGACUGUUAUGGAUUUCAGAUUGAAUAGUAGUACGGCAAUGUUCGAGAGGGGAAUAGCCAUUGAAGUGUUAAUCUCAAUGUAAGGGCGACAACCAUGGAUGAAUAGAGACAAAAAUACCAUUUUCUCGGGCUUGGUAGCGAUGUCGGGGGAAGUUCGACAGCUUCUAUGUAGUAACCCAAUCUAAUCUUCACUUUUAUCCACUAUCGAUUUUAUAUCCUCCUUAGGGAAAUAAAUAAUCCUGACAACUCUAGAUGUAGUAAG